UGCCGCUUGCGUCUCAAAUCUAGUAUCACUUCCAUAUCACUUCUUUAAUGUAAUGACACACAGACGAUAGAAAGUACCGAGUCAAGGUCUACGUUCAAAGUCUACAUGUAAAAUUGUGUUAAGUCACUUUAAACAUUUUUAUAUUUGAUCCACGAUGCUCCGAACUACAAUUAAUCAAGGUGUUCGAAAACUCAGUUCUAAUACAUCUUCAUCGAUAAAAUGCAAACGAUUAGAAGGAAAAGUUGCGAUUGUGACAGCAUCGACAGAAGGAAUAGGAUUUUCGAUAGCGCAACGUUUAGCACAAGAAGGUGCUAAAGUAAUGAUCAGCAGUCGUAAAGAAUCAAAUGUGAAGAAGGCUGUGGAACAACUUAAAUCCGAAGGCUUGCAAGUUACAGGUGUCGUUUGCCAUGUAUCAAAGAAGGAAGAUAGGAAAAAUCUAUUUGAAAAAACUAAAGCAAAUUUUGGAGGUUUGGAUAUUCUUGUGUCCAAUGCUGCUGUGAACCCUGUAUUUGGUCCAGUAUUUGAUAGCACAGAGGAAAUAUGGGAUAAAAUUUUUGAUGUCAAUGUUAAAUCUACAUUCUUGCUGUUGAAAGAGUCUCUGCCACUUCUUAAAAGCAGUAAAUCUCCUUCUGUUAUUAUUCUGUCCUCAAUUGCAGGAUAUCAACCUAUGAAUUUGGUGGGUUUAUAUUCUGUCAGCAAAACUGCUUUGUUGGGAUUAACUAAAGUUACUGCAGAGGAACUUGCAGGCGAUGGGAUCCGUGUAAACUGCAUUGCACCAGGGAUAAUAAAAACUAAAUUCUCACGAUCGUUAUAUGAAACAGAAAGUAUAAGUGAAUAUAAUUUAUCAACGAUUAAUAUGAGAAGAUUCGGACUGCCAAAGGAGAUUGCAAGUGUAGCUGCAUUUUUGGCAAGCGAGGAUGCUUCUUAUAUUACUGGUGAAACCAUAGUAGCAACUGGUGGAAUGAAAUCAAGACUUUAAAGUCUGUACAAUAUUCUGUACAAUAUUCAUUUUUAUAUUUUUAAUUGUAUAUACAUGUAUACUUGUAUAUAUAGAUAUUUGUACUU